AUGCUUCUCUUGCACAAGCGAGACUAUGCUCCGGACUAUGCUGACUAUGAUGACUAUGCUGCGAGGCUUGGGAGCGAGAGCCCCACCACCACCACCACGACAACAGCCGCGCCGGAAGAUCCCUUUUGGGACGAGAAGCAGAAGAUCCUGUCGCGCUUGAACGAGACGGUCCUUCAGCCCAGCGCCUUCAACAGGACACCGGAGACCAUCUGGCUCUUCUACAACCGGAUCCCUCGCACGGCCGGACAGACGGUGGUGUCUCUCCUGAAGUCCUUGUCGGCAGACCUCGAUUUCCAACAUCAGGAACAUGUUUACAGGACGCCUUGGCAACGUCUGAUGAGCGAAGAGGAACAGAAAAAUUUGGCCACGUGGUUCGAGUACAACUUUUGGCCCAAAAGCUACGACCGAUUUUCUCUCUUCAUCAACUUUACGGAGCAUCGUAGCCCGUACGUGAAACUCCGCCCGGCCUACAUGACCCUGGCACGCGACCCUGUGGACAAGUUCAUCUCGUAUUUUCGCUUCAAACGCGUCGACAGCGAAAGAGUCAAGACCGAAAUGUCGGCGAGGGAGCGACAACAGCCGGGGACAGGGCGCAAGUGGUACUGGAAGAAACUCGAGGACUGUGUACUGAAGGAUGACCCCGAGUGUGAAUUUCAUGAAGGGUCCGAGAACUUCAUCUCGACAAUUCCUUUCCUGUGUGGACAGCAUGACUAUUGCCUAAAACACGGUAAUUCAUGGGCUCUCCAAAAGGCAAAAUUCAACGCAGAAUAUGAAUACUCCGUGAUUGGCCUCGUGGAGCACUGGAACACAACACUGGCAGUCCUUGAGCAUUUCCUACCCAGCUUCUUCCAGGGCGUUCAGCAGCGUUAUUGGGAAGCAGGCUUCAAGGACCAACGUACAGUCAACAAGAAUCCAAAGAAGUACAAGCCAGUCUCUGAAACUGUCCUCAAGAUCCUCAAGGACAAGCUGGCCCUUGAAUACGAGCUUUACGAGUUCCUCAAGCAGAGGCUUCACCAGCAGUUCGACAGUAUUGCCGAUCUCCUAAAGCUCCCGACAACCAAGAUUCAUUCCAGGUCGACGGAAAAGGCAGCCUUGAGCUCAUGGGAUAGAAUGGAUAUAGAGCUCAGGCAUUAACCUUUUUAAUUCCAGGGGACCAUCUACAUCACCAUCACUAGAUUUAGGAAUAACACAGUCAUGGAUUUUGCCUCUCAUUCCAUGGUCUUUCAGGCUUUCAUGCUUUCAUACAAGACAUACUUCUUGCUUCUAGAAAAUGUAUUUCUAUAAACUGCUCUGAAUAACAGGCCAAAGUAAUAAUUUAUUACUUAAAUACUGAACAAAAUUUGGGAAUCAAGCAUUUCCAGGCUUCAG